AUGGAUUCUUACCCAUCUUCGCAGACCUCUAAAUUUGUUGAGCUAUUAAAUAGUCAACAAAGCAUCUUCUUUGGCAACAAUGACGACAGUGUCUCACUGUCUUCAUCACAAUCUCCGUAUCUAGGCAAUCUUGGAACCGAAGAUGGUGGAGAGACUGGUACAGAGCGUAGAGAACGGCGGAAGUGGACGCCUAAGGAUGACAUUGUGCUCACUAGCUCCUGGCUUAACACAAGUAAAGAUUCAGUGGUGAGCAAUGAACAACGGUCAGACGCUUUCUGGACAAGAAUAGCGGCUUACUUUGCGGAAAGUCGUCAAGAUGGUGGCUGCAAACAGAGAGAAGCUAGGCAUUGCAAGAAACGUUGGCACAUGAUCAAUGAUCUCGUGUGCAAGUUCUGUGGAGCCUAUGAAGCUGCAAGCAGGGAGAAGACGAGCGGGCAAAAUGAGAAUGAUGUGCUGAAACAAGAACAUCAAAUAUUCUACACCAACCAUAAGAAGAAAUUCCUCCUUGAACAUGCUUGGAAGGAGCUGAGCUCUCAAGCAACUGAAAUGAAGCGUCCACCGGGUGUUAAAUCCGCCAAGGCCAGUGGCAAGAAGACAGUGGCUGAGGAGAAUGCGAUGAAGGAGUUUCACACCAUGUGGUCAAUAAAACAACAGGAUCUCGCCAUGAAAAACUGCUUGUCUAAGAUGAGGCUACUGGAAAGUUUGAUAGCCAAAAAAGAUCCCCUUGCCGAGUACGAAGAAGCUGGUUGA